AUGAGUCCCAAAGCUAAAGACAAAGCUAGUGAAAAGAAAAAACCUAAGAAAAUGAUCACGAUGGAAGCAAAACAUGAAAUUAUCACAAAGUAUGAGCGUGGCAUUUGUAUCAUCGACUUGGCAAAGGAGUAUGGCCCCAAUCCUUCUGCAAUAUCCACAAUCAUCAAGCAGAAGGAAGACAUCAAAAAGCUGCAACUUUCCAAAGGCGUCACCAUUAUUUCCAAGCUACGUACUGAUAAACAUGAUGAGAUGGAACGGCUAUUUUUAAUAUGGAUUAAGGAGAAGCAAUUGGCUGGUAACUCUGUUUCUGAAGCGAUCAUCUGUGAGAAGGCUAGCACCAUUUUCCAAGACCUUAAGCGUGAAGCAGCCGAGACGGAGGGAGAAUCAUCGCAGGGUGGCCAAGGGAGUGAUGAGUUCAAAGCCAGUCGUGGAUGGUUUUACAAUUUUAAGAAACGAAGUGGCAUUCAUUCUGUCAUUUGUCAUGGAGAGGCAUCGAGUGCUGAUGUUAAGGGGGCUGAAAAUUUCAUUAAGGAAUUUGAAAAACUCAUUUUCAAGAAAUACUUGACCGAUAAUGGUCUGCCACUUAAGUGUGUCCUCCUCUUGGAUAAUGCCCCCGGUCACCCCCCUGGCCUUGCAGAUGACCUUUUAGAUGAAUUUAAAUUCAUUAAAGUUGUCUAUCUACCAGCCAACACAACAUCUAUCCUCCAGCCCAUGGAUCAACAGGUGAUAUCCAACUUUAAGAAACUUUUCACGAAGCAUCUUUUCAAGCGUUGCUUUGAAGUUACUGAAAAUACGAACCUAACAUUGAGGGAGUUUUGGAAGCAACGUUACAACAUUGUGAUCUGUGUUAAGCUUAUAGAUAUUGCCUGGCAAGGUGUUACCAAAAGAACAUUGAACUCAGCUUGGAGAAAAUUAUGGCCAGAUGUUGUUUUAGAGCGAGACUUUGAGGGAUUCAAUCCUGUUGAGGAGGAGAUUGUAUCUAUUGGUCGCUCUAUGGGCUUACAGAUAGACGAGGCAGAUGUUGCUGAAUUCGUUGAGGAGCACGCUGAAGAACUCAUGACGGAGGAGCUGAAGGAGUUACACAAGAUUUUCCAUGAGGAG